GUGUCAAUUUGUGUAUGUAUUGACGUAAUUUAAUUUUUAGUUUAGGCUGCAAAAUUUUUUAGUAAAAAGGGAUGGCUACUAAAACAAUCGCAAGUGCUACAGUCAGAGCCGUAAAGAAACGGGUACUUCCUUCUCGAGCUGCAUUAGUACUUACUCCCACAGCUGUUCAGAAAGUGAAAGAAAUAAUGUCUAAAGAAGAAGCUAAAGGUUAUAUAGGACUAAAAGUUGGUGUCAGGCAAAGAGGCUGUAAUGGAUUGUCAUAUACUUUAGACUAUGCAACAACUAAAGACAAGUUAGACGAAGAGGUGAAACAGGAUGGUGUGAUAAUAAUUAUAGACAAAAAAGCCCAGUUGACGUUAUUAGGAACUGAAAUGGAUUAUGUAGAAGACAAACUUUCCGCAGAAUUUGUUUUCAACAACCCAAAUAUAAAAGGCACAUGUGGUUGUGGAGAAUCCUUUAGUAUAUAAAAUGUAAUUAGUUACAAUUAUUUUGUUCUUUCUCACAGCUCAUACUUGGUAUUUAAAUACUUGCUAACAUUAGAUUAUAUUAUUUCAGUACCUUCAAAUAAUUUAAGAUAAUAAAAUUAUUGUUUUGUUGUGAUAUUAUUAUUGUUUUGUAGAUUAGAUACUGUAUGUUGACAGCUGCUGUGAUAAUUUUUUUUUAUUAGAAACUGUAGUUGUUAAGUAAAUAAUAAAAUACGAAGGGAAGUAAUAUAUUGUCUAUAUUAUGCACUAAAAUCGUGCAUUAUACCGUAAAAAUAGAAAUAUGAUAUUCAAUAUAAAUUGUUAUUUAGAAUACU